UCCAGAUACUUCCGCCUAGAGCCGAAAGCUUCGUCGCUGAGGGUGCGUGAGGGCCUCUGGGUGCUGACAGACCGGCAGAGGGGAGAGCUCCUAUUGUGGAUUCCUGCUGUCUUAUAAUGAGUGACAUUUUGCCAUUAGAUGUCGUUGGUAGAAGAGUUGAAGUUAAUGGAGAAUACGCAACAGUGCGCUUUUGUGGUGCUGUUCCUCCUGUGGCAGGGUUCCACUGUGUAGUCUUGGCUGGCAUAGAACUUGCUAUGUACCCAACAGGAGGCUCUUUUGUUCGUCCAAACAAAGUCAAUUUCGGAGACGACUUUCUUACUGCUCUUAAGAAGCGCUAUGUGCUCGAAGAUGGACCUGAUGAUGAUGAACAAUCGUGUUCUUUAAAAGUUGGAAGUAAACAAGUGCAAACUAUUGGUUUUGAGCAUAUUACAAAGAAGCAGAGUCAGCUGAGAGCGCUGCAGGACAUUUCCCUGUGGAACUGUGCAGUGAGCCGUGCUGGUGAACAAGGAAGAAUUGCUGAAGCCUGCCCCAAUAUUCGAGUUGUAAAUUUAUCCAAAAACUUGUUGUCAACUUGGGAUGAAGUGGUUCUUAUUGCAGAGCAGCUCAAAGACCUGGAGGCUCUCGAUCUCAGUGAAAAUAAACUGCAGUUUCCCUCUGACUCACCAACUCUAACUAGAACAUUUUCUGCUCUGAAGACUUUAGUCCUAAACAAAACAGGAAUAACGUGGACUGAGGUGCUGCACUGUGCCCCUUCAUGGCCAGUUCUCGAGGAACUUUACCUCAAGUCUAACAGUAUUUCCAUUUCUGAAAGGCCAGUGAAUGUCCUGCAGAAAAUGAGGUUAUUAGACCUUUCCUCCAACCCAUCAAUUGAUGAAAGCCAGCUGAGCCUUAUAGCAGAUCUUCCAAGAUUAGAACACCUAGUCCUUUCUGACAUUGGACUUUCUUCUAUACAUUUUCCAGAUGCUAAAAUUGGAUGCAAAACAUCCAUGUUCCCGGCCUUGAAGUACCUCAUAGUCAAUGACAACCAGAUAUCAGAAUGGUCAUUUAUCAAUGAGCUGGAUAAAUUACAGAGCCUGCAGGCCCUAUCCUGCACUAGAAACCCUUUAACCAAAGGAGACAAAGCAGAGGAGAUCAUCAUUGCCAAGAUUGGUCAGCUGAAGACCCUGAACAGGUGUCAGAUUCUUCCAGAGGAAAGGCGUGGAGCUGAGCUAGAUUAUCGAAAAGCCUUUGGAAAUGAAUGGAGAAAGGCUGGUGGACACCCAGAUCCAGACAAAAACAGGCCAAAUGCAGAGUUUCUCUCAGCCCACCCUAGAUACCAGCUUCUCUGCUGCAAAUAUGGUGCACCUGAAGAUGAGGAGCUCAAAACACAGCAGCCAUUCAUGCUAAAAAAUCAGCUACUAACACUGAAGAUAAAAUGCUCAAAUCAACCUGAACAGCAAAUAUUAGAAAAACAGUUGCCAGACUCCAUGACAGUUCAAAAGGUAAAGGGGCUGUUGUCACGUCUUCUCAAAGUUCCCGUGUCAGAGCUUCUGUUGUCCUAUGAAAGCUCCAAGAUGCCGGGCAGAGAAAUUGAACUAGAAAAUGACCUACAGCCAUUACAGUUUUAUUCUGUGGAGAAUGGAGAUUGCCUACUAGUGCGAUGGUAACAGUCCAACCGUAAGAGUUUUAAUGACUGGAAUGUAUACACCAGAAACAAAACCUCACAGAUGAUGUUAUGUUUUGUUGGGAAAAGGCCAUUUGGUUGUAUAUUAAUAGAAUAAUAAAGGCUUUGAUUACUA